AUGAUCGGGGAGUAUGAUGACUCUCACGAUCUGGUCUACUUUCGGGGAAUUCCCUAUGCUACGGUCGACAAGCGAUGGACGCACAGCCGACCGCGGCAUUCUCUAGAAAGUCCCUUCGAUGCAACCGAGUUUGGUCCCCGUUGCGUUCAGCUAGAAGGAGAGGUGCUCGUGAGUGGUGGCACAAACGACCCGACACCUGGCGACGACGAAUUCGAUUGCCUUAAUCUGAACAUUUGCGUCCCGAGAGAGACCCUGCAGCAACUGGAGAGCGGGAGUACUGUGAAGAAAAUCCCCGUCAUGUUCUGGAUUCACGGCGGCGCCUUCAAAUACGGCGCGAAUUCGGUGGCCCGCUAUCGUCCGCACCGCCUGUGUGCAACAGCCCGGAGAACGGGUCACCCCAUCAUCCUCGUGCAGGUGGGAUACCGCCUGGGGGCCCUCGGGUUUGCUGCCUCGGAAGACCUCAUUACCGAGACGAAGGAGGCGUCUGGUGUGACGAACGGCGAAGGGCGGCCCACGACCGACUUGGCGGUUGGUAAUUAUGGUUUUGUCGAUCAGCGCAACGCCUUGAUCUGGGUCCAAGAACACAUCCAAGACUUUGGCGGCGAUGCAGACAAUGUGACGGCCUUUGGCGUCAGUGCUGGCAGCGCCAGCGUCCAUCAUCACAUCUUGACUGGGAAACCCAUGUUUGACCGCGCCAUUUGCAUGUCAGGCGCGGCUCCUACUCUGGGGCCUCUCCCAUAUUUCCGAUAUCAGCAGGCUUGGGAGGAUCUCUGCUGCAAGCUGGGUGUGGCAGGAGAUCCCCCAAAAGAACGGCUGGAGCGACUGAGGGCAAUCCAGCCUCAAGAGAUCCUGCAAAGCUACUCGGCGGCUGCCAUGGGUCCUAUGGCCGACGGCGUUCUGCUGCCCAAGUCGUGGAGUUUCGAGCAGCCGAACCAGACCAGGUGUCAGUCGCUGAUUAUCGGAGACACUAAUGUCGAGGGCAUCAUUAUGAGUGGACUGGCCAAGCGCAUCAAGCCGUCGCAACUCCAGAAGAAGGCCCGCAACAUGUUGUCCAAGUCCGACGCCGACACAUUCUCCCGUCUCUUUGGCUUUUCCGGGGACGAUGAACAGCCAUGGGAGGCCUACCGAGACUCCAUCCGGCAUUUCAUGUCUGUGAUGAUGUUUCAAUUUCCGAAUAUGCGCAUCGCCGAAACCUUCAAGGUCUCGACGGGAGGUGACGCAUUUCUGUAUCACUUUGAGGAGCCGUCCCCAUUCCCAGGGCUCACGUACGGGCUGUCAUACCAUGGUCAAUGCGCCCUGUACAUGUACGGGGUCGAGAAUGAGGCACUGCCCGCGAAAUCGCAGAGAGUUGCAGAGGCCAUGGCAGAAGCCUGGACAGCCUUUGCUCAUGGGAAAACGCCUUGGGAGCCUUAUACGGCCGCGGAACGGUUCAUGCGCUUCGGACCGGAAGGGAAGGUGGAACUUCGGGAUGCCAUGAGCGAUGACACUCGGGGAUACGGACAUGUGGUUUGGCUUAAAGAACACUUUGAAGAUGUAAUGCGCCUGGCUCGCGAAGUACUCCAAUCAGAAUAG